CUGCGAACGCGCACCACUCGGCUCCACUCACUAUGGACGACUACGACUGCUGCCUUUGAAUUUACCGAAAGAAACUCCUCGUGGACGGUUAAAAGUAACAUAACCGCAAAGUGGCCGGCACGAUGGAUUAAAGGGGGAAAGUGGUGAAAAUAAAAGGUUUGAAGUUGACAUAGACCCGUAAGGAAGACUCGCUUAGAAGCUAGCGUCGGACUUCUACCGGCUUCGUUAGCAGCGGCUAGCUCGUUAGCUACCUAGCUCGAGACGGAGUAGUGAUGCUUAAGUGGCUCAAGUAGUUAUGAACAAUUGUGACAUUACGUCUUUAAAAGAGAAACAAUGUCCCCCGGAGGGAGAGACGGCGGCUAAUAAUAACAAUAAACAGUGGCACUCGAUGGGUAGCGAUGAGUGCGGGUGUUGUCAUGACAUGAGCCCCAUGGAUGAAGCCGUGCUGCCCGGGAUGUCGUCCGUCCAGCCCGGACUGGACGCGCCGGACGACGACCGGAACGGGCUCCGUCUCCUGGAGGAUCUCAGCUUCCCGCCCGGCGCCUCACCCUACGCGGGGGACGUCAACGGCGAGGGCCCGCUGUUCGAGAGACGGAAGCGGUCGCGCUCCAACAGCUCGAGGCACCACUUCGGCGACGUGGUGGCCGAGCUGGGUCCCGAGGAGGUGCGCUGGUUCUACAAGGAGGACAAGAAGACGUGGAAGCCCUUCGUGGGACACGACUCGCUUAACAUCGAGCUCAUGUAUCGGAAGUACAGUGAGCUCAGCCCCGGUGCGACCAGCCCCCCGGUGGAAGUCAACGGAGAAGUGUCAGUGGAGACACGAACCAUUGGCGUCCUCGGAGACCAGGGGUCCUUGAACACAUCCACGCCGUCCAUGAGCACGGAUGAGAGGGACCCUGACAGCAUUGAUGUCCGUGUGGAGCCUGUGUGUGUGCGUGGAGGACUCUAUGAGGUGGACGUCAGAGAAAGAGGAUGCUACCCUGUUUACUGGAAGCAGCAAGACCAUAUUCCGGUGCUGCGAGGUCAGUGGUUCAUCGACGGCACAUGGCUACCCUUAGAGGAGGAUGAGAGUGACCUCAUCGAAAGCGAGCACCUCAGCCAUUUCCAUGGACAGCAGACGCAGGACACCUUCGACGCCAGCGACAUGGUUGUCAGGACCGUCGAUGGUAAAGACGUCCUCUCCCACCUGCCCCCUUUCUACCUCCCCUUUCUGUUCAAAUGGAGUGGAUAUCAGACGAGCGCUAGAGCAACAUGUCACAAGCGCAAACGCUGCCAAGCAAUCCACAGCCUGAAGUUGAGUCGGACCCAUGUGGACUGGCACAGUGUGGACGAGGUCUACCUCUACAGUGACGCCACCACGUCCAAAAUCGCUCGCACUGUCACGCAGAAACUGGGCUUCUCCAAAGCCUCCAGCAGCGGAACCCGGCUGCACCGCGGUUACGUGGAGGAGGCCUCUCCAGAGGACAGACCCCCACAGACCACACACAUUGUCUUUGUGGUCCAUGGGAUCGGGCAGAAGAUGGACCAGGGACGUAUUAUCAAAAACACUGCAAUGUUGAGGGAAGGUGUGAGGAAGAUGGAGGAGAAGCACUUUUCAGAGCACAAUGAUGAGCAUGUGGAGUUCCUUCCUGUGGAGUGGCGCUCCAAACUGGCUCUGGAUGGAGAUACCGUGGACUCCAUUACACCAGACAAGUUGAGAGGCCUGAGAGACCUUCUCAACAGCAGUGCCAUGGACAUUAUGUACUAUAACAGUCCUCUUUACCGUGAUGAGAUCACUAAGGGACUGACACAGGAGCUGAACAGACUGUACAGCCUGUUUUGCUCGCGCAACCUCGACUUCGAGGAGAGGGGAGGCAAAGUGUCCAUCGUGUCGCACUCGCUGGGCUGCGUGAUCACGUACGACAUCAUGACAGGCUGGGACCCCGUGCGCUUCUGCCUUCAGGAGCACCACGCCGUGGAGGAGGAGCUGCGCAUGCACUGGAUGUCGUACGAGGAGAGGCAUCUGCUGGAACAACUGCGGCACACCAGGAACAGAUUACAAGAGUUGGAGAAUCAACUUUUAACACUGGAAGCCUCCAAACCGUCAGCGCCUCCUGCACUCAAAUUUAAGGUGGAAAACUUCUUCUGCAUGGGUUCUCCUCUGGCCGUCUUUCUGGCACUGAGGGGCAUCCGACCCGGUACCAGCUGCCACCAAGACCACAUUCUUCCCACGUCCAUCUGCAGUCACCUCUUCAACGUCUUCCACCCGACGGACCCUGUGGCCUACAGACUGGAGCCCCUCAUCCUCAAACACUACAGCAACAUUGCGCCAGUGCAAAUACACUGGUGUAGUGCCACCAACCCGACACCUUACGAUGAGGUGCGACCCACAUUCCUCAACCUCACUAAGGAGCCGACGUCGGACACAGAGAGCAUCCCCAGUCCGAGCACUUCUCCCGUCCUCCCCCGGAGACACUACGGAGAGUCUAUUACCAACUUAGGCAAGGCCAGCAUCCUGGGAGCAGCGAGUAUUGGGAAGGGCAUCGGUGGCAUCCUCUUCUCCCGCUUCUCGCGCUCCAACAGCCAACCCUCCGUCUCUGUUGGACUGGAGGGUGGGUCCAACCCCGAAGACGACGAGCAGCAGAAACGCACCGAGAGCCAGUCGGCGUAUGGCCUCUCCACCUUGGCCCGGCCCACCUCGCCCACCGCAGAUGUCUCAUUGCAGCUGGAGCGCCGCAUAGACUUUGAGCUGCGCGAGGGCCUGGUGGAAAGUCGCUACUGGUCAGCCGUCACGUCACACACGGGUUACUGGUGCUCACACGACAUCGCCCUCUUCCUGCUCACCUUCAUAUACGAGCAUAGAAAAACCCCCUCCGUCCCAGGAGGAGACACCCCCGAACCUGACUGAACACGCCCCCCCCCAUUCC